AUGACCGGAGGAGAAGCCCAGGAAGUCAAGGCAACUGCGGAGUGAGUUUAUUUUUUUCAAGCUAUAGCGUUUUUAUAAUAAAAUUUAAACCUCUUUUUUUCCAUAUGAUAACAAAGUUUUUCUUCAGGGAGUUUUUUUCUAAUUAGGAAUUUUUUUGUGGAAAUCAAAAGUCAGAAUAAUUUUUUUCAAACGAGUCUAAUAUGAAGGGAAAAUUAUUUUUUUCAAAAAUCUUUACAAGUAUGGCUGUUCUAAAUGUUUAUUUUUUUCUCACUUUCUUCUGUUUUCCUUCUGCUCCACACUAAUUUUCGGUUUUAUCCAUGGAAUUUUCUGGAAAUUUUCUCGUUUUCAGCACUUUAAUUGAUUAAAAUAACCCAGAACGAAGGAAAAAAAAAAGUAAUAAAACUGAAUUUUAUGAUGGUAAGUUAUAUCUUUUUUUGGAUUUGAAUUUUUAAAAUGUUUGACUUUCUGAAAACAGUCAUUUUUCCUGUUUCCGUUCCAAAAUAAAUCAUUUUUCAUUUUCAAAUUUCAAUUUUUUUUUUCAAGACGCAACUACGAAAGUUAUGACGGUUAUUUUUUUUUUUUUUGGAAGUUAGGCCGCAUAAUGCAUUUGUUAAAUAAGACCUUCACGAUAAAUGGGACGUCAAUUUUUUUUUGCUCCGUUUUUAUUUUCUCUUCAGUUUCAUUUUCAUUUAGUCUAUGUUUGACAUAAGAUUUUUGAUUUAUGUCGUUGCCUCGAAAAAUCGACUUCAUAAGAAAAUAAAAAUUGAAGAAUUAUGAAAAAAAUAGACGAAAAUUUCCAGAAUUAAUGUCCUAAUUAUCGUGAAGGUGGUAUUUUACAAAUGCAGAAUACGACCUAACUUUCGUAAUUUCCUCUCCGAUUUUUUUAUUUUUCUAAUUUUGAAAAGAAAAUUAUUUUUGAUUAGCAAUAGACCCUGCCUUUAUUCAUUAAAGAAGAAAAAAAUUAUUUUCAUUCUCGAUAAACAUAAUUUUUUUGUUGUUUAGUUAAAUUUUCGAAUAGAAUGCAUUGAUACGGAGUAGUUUUUUUGGACAUUGGUCUCGCAGUAUCAAACAGUUUUUAUUAUUUUUUGAAGCAGUCCUAAUCUAAGUUUUUUAUGUUGAAACUAUCACGCCAUAGUCGAUCAGCCUUAAAAGGGGGCCUCAGAGCGACCUGUGUGCACUGACCGACUACGUGUAUCUUUUUUCCGAGAACCUCUCUAGACAUUUCUGCAGUUACCUGCAAAGGUGGUGUGAUAUUCCCCCACUGAUAAGACUGUUUCCUGCGCCGAUCGCCACGCGGUCCACUUGUUUUUUUUUCCUCUGGUUUUUUGGAAAGUUCAACGGGUUUAAGGAGCUUAUUUGUGAUAAGCUAUUGAUUAAUUGAAGAUUAUUCUCGCCUAGAAAGUUGAUUAAUUUGAAGGAGAUCUUUUUUUCUUAUUAAAGAUGAUGUUUUGAAUGUAGUUUCUGAGAUUUUCACACGAUUUUCUGGGUUUUCGGAAGCUCAAUGAGUUCAAGUGAUAAGCCUAGUGAUACAUAAAGGCUUUUGGCUUAAAUCUCAACUAAAGUUCGAUUUUGAAGAUUCCUGUGAAGCUUUCGAAUUUAUUCAAUUUUUUUUCCUAACGUUUCCGAAUUUUUAAACGGUGUUCUCAAGUUCUCUGUGUUUCAGUGAUAAGAUUGGUGAUGAAUUAGGGCUUAUUGACUUAUUUUCGCCUAAGAAUGCCACUGAUUCGGGUUUUUUUCAAGGAAGGUUUUGGGUACCAAAUGAUUUUUUUCUAUUAAUUUUCUGAUUUUUCUCAAGAUUUCAUAUAGGUUCUCUCAAACUAUAUCGGUUAUAAGCUUAGUGAUAAUCGAAGGCUUUUUGGCUUUUUUUUGAUUUCAAAUUUGAGAUUUUCCUUUGGAAAAUUUUAUUCGAAUUUUCGGAAUUUUCUCACGAUUUUCUGUGGUUUUUCAUGAGUUCAAUGGGUUCAAGGAGAUUUUUUUUUUUGAUAAACUGAGUAAAUUAAACGAGUCUAAGAAGCCUUAUUGUGAUAAGGAAGUGAUAAUUUACUUCUAAGCUUGUUGAUUUUUGAAAUUCAGACUAUCCAUUUUAGAUAGGCUUUUAAGAAAGUGGUGUUGAAUUUAAAUUCAAAUUUUUCUAUUUUUGAUCAAUCAAAAAAUCAAACAUAUUCCGAAAAGGGCUAAUAAGGAGUUUUAUAGGAAGACGGUCAAAAUCAAGAUUUUUCCCAAUUUUUUUCAAGAUAUUUUUUUCAUUUUAAUCUCUUUUCCUAAUAAGGAAGUGAAAAUGAGAGUGUUUUGACGUUGAUCUUUCCUUCUAAUGACGUCGUUUCUUGUUUUCUCGCUGUUCACUUCUUUUUUUUUUAUUUAAUCGAGAUAAUGCCUUUUCUUGGCCCAAAGACGUAAAAUGAAGGCCAUCAAGAUCAAGUUACACGUUUCGCGCAACUUUUUCAAAAAAAAAAUGUUUUUUCUUUAUUAGUUAUAGUGUCUUGAAACUGAAUGGGCCGUUCAUAAGUUUUUGAUCUUAGUGGGACUUUUGAUCUUUUCAAAAGAACCAAGUUUUUUUUAUCACUGAUUGAAAGCAAAUUUCUUUAUUUCUCUUUUCCUUGUAUCUCGACUUUGAUUUUAAAGAAGAAAUUCUGUUUAAAAAUUAACCGUGAUCCAAGAAAUUUUCCGCUCUUUCCUAUCUUGGGUUUUUCGUGAUUGUCAUUUUUCGAGUCAUUUUUCUUCAGAAAAAAUUAUUUUUAUUGUCCCCUUAAACUGUCAAGUCAGCGUUAUCAUAUCAAAUCUAUCGUUGCUGAUGUAAUUUUUUACAGUUUGAGGCAAUAUUUUAUUCUUUUGGCCUUCAACCUCUGAUCUGUAUAGUCUCGGGGAUCGAAAAUUUCAUAAUUCUCAUCUUUUUUUGCGAAAUAAAAAAAAAGGGAAAAGCUGACUAGCCGGGACACUUGAUGUUUGUUCAGCCAUCGCCGGUUUCUCAAUCCUUUUUUUUGGUGGCUAUUUAAAGUCGUCUUCGAUUUCCUGGAAAAUCUUUCCAUUUAUCUCUUGGUUACUGUAGUUUUUCGUCUGAAAGGUUUUAAUAAACUUUGGACCGCGAAAAGUAGGUGGAGGCGGGUGAUAACUUGAUAACGGCCGAAUCUGUCUGCAGAGACAUUUCCGGGUCAUGUUUGCUUCUUACUAGCCUUUUGGGAUAGGGAUAAGAAGAUUUAUUUUUUUCUCACUGGGAAAAUCUUUAGUGGCCACUAUAGAGGCUCGCCAAGAACUACUUGGAGGGGACACUAAAGUGGCCACUAAACCCACCUCUACAGUGGCCACUAUUUUCGUUUUAGUGGCCACUUCAGUAGUUAUUCAUCCAGUGUUCCUUCCAGUAACUCUGAUAAUUUUCAAAACAAACAGAUUGGACCAGUUAUGUUAAUCCAUUGACCCCUAAAGUGGAAACUAAAAUGUUUAGUGGUCUAGUAGUAGCACUUAGACCUCUAUAGUGGUCGCUAAUUUUUAAGCCCUUAAGUGGCCACUAAUUUGACUACUAUAGCGGCCACUAAAACGUCAAAACCCUAUAAUGGCCACUAAAAAUUUUCCCAGUCAAGUGAAAAUUUGUGAAAUAUCCGAUUUUAAAAAAAUUGCCCGUGAGAAGGAACUUUAUCCAAUAUUUCAACCUGAAAAUGAAUUUUUGUUUCUUAAUUUUUUUAAACUGUUCUUUUUUUCAAUUCUUUUGCUUCUAACUGUGGUUUAUCUCUUUUUUCCAUCUCUACUUUGGUCAAGAAUUACUCUAUUCUACUUUUUUUGCUAAUUUUCUGACCUACACCUCGAGAUCAAAUUUGUUUGGACCAAAGUUUUUGCGCUCUUCUUAACGCUGUGAAAAUUGAAAUUUAUUUUCUCCUUUUUUGAAGUUUAACUAGUUUGUAUUAUUUCACAGUGAUUUACGAUCAAAGGCUAGUUUUUGAUUGAUAAUAUCUCAACUCAUUGAUUUAUUUAAGGUUAAAGACUGUUAAUGCUAUUUUUUUUGAAGACUUUGAAUUAAGUUUAUCAAUAUUUGCUUCCCUAGGACUUUGAAAAACUGUGAUUCUUUUUUUUUAGGGCUUCAAAGACUUUGAAUUGAAUCUUCAGGUUUUUUUCUCAAAAUUAAAGUUUUAUCAAUUUUUUUCAAAAUUGUUCGGAGUGGAAAAAAAUGACACUUUUUCUGCUGUAUUUUUCAAUAAUAUAAUAGAAUUCAAGGUGUAAGUGUUCAGAACGAUGGCCACCGAUGUUCGUCGCGACAAUUUCAAGAAUUUCUGGGACAAGUUUUCGGACAAACCCGACACCAACAGCAUGAUGCUUAACCACAGCGCGGAUGAUCUCGAAGCCAGCGAUCGGUUCGUUGAAAUGGCAAAAAUAAAUUACGUUAAAGAAAAAUGACAUUACUGCCCCCCUCCCCCCCUUCCCCACAUUGAAUUGCAUUUCAAAAAAACAAGUAAUUUCAAAAAUUUUUUUCAAAGAUAAAUCAUUUUUUUCCUGAAAUUUAUAUAAUUCAUUUUUUUGUUCCUUUUUGAUUUUUUUGUGAAAUUCUAGAGCAAACAAGGUUUGUAAAGCUUGUAAAAUACUUUUAAAUGUCUCGAAAUUAUGAAAAAAUUGGAUUGGAUCGUCUUUUCCGCUUGUCAAAAGGGUUCAUUUUGAUCAUUUAUCCAUUGAAAACCCUUGAAACUUUUUUAGACAUUUUUUAAAUCUUUUUGUUUUGAAGGGCAUUCUUGUCUUGUUCAGAAAACUGCAUGAAUUUAUAAUUUUCGUCAUUUUUCAGCGCCGACAUUUUGUCGAGCUUGCCCCAGUUGGCCAACAAGGACGUUGUCGACAUUGGCGCCGGAAUCGGGUAAAACAACUAUCUGAAAAAAAAAUCCGGAAACAAAUUCAGCUUUAGAAAAAGUCAGUACAAAUUGGAAAAGGAAAAAUAAAAUUUUAGGGCUGUUUUUCCAAGUAAGCAACGUAAAUUCAGUAUGAAAGAUCGAAUUUUAUUGCUUUUUUCUUCGAAAAAAUAGGCUCAAUUAAAAAAAAUAAAGUCUUAAUGGUUUUUUUAAAGAUUCUAUAUAAUGUGGAACUAAAAAAUCGAGUUUCAAUCUUUUUAAUUCGUACAAAAAAAAUCAAAAUAUCAAAAUUUUUUUCUUUGAAAAACUCAAUUCUUCACAAAAAACCGCUUUUUUUCUCCAGAAGAAGCUCAACAAUUCAUUAUAACCGACAAAAAUGUUUCCUCCGCAAAUUCUCACGGGUGCAUGUUGAUAUUUACUGAUAAGAUGACUGAUAAAAGUGCACGUUGGGCCAAUUUUUUCCGUCAGAAACUGAUAAGAAAAAUGGUUCGAUACGUUGACUUUUUUCCCUUUUUGGGUACCUUGAACAGCGUGGUUUUGUCGUGGAAACUAUUUAGAGGUCAGAGAAAAAAGGAAAUAGGGGAAUUCUUAUCAAAUGCGGGAUUUUUUUAUCGGAUUUUUUUAUCGGAUUUUUUUAUCGGAUUUUCGAUAAGGAAAUUGUCACGAAAAAUAUGAAAAAGUGGGAAAUUUUAGCGAUAAAAUUACUAAAAUUAUUAGAUAAAUAGCUUUUUUUCUAGGUUCUAAAGGAUCUAUUAGUUUUUCGAGUUCUAAACCUUCCAUAGACUUUUUCUUACGAAAGGCUCAUUUUUUUCAAUUUUUUUGAAGUUUCAACAACCCUGAGAAUUUUUUUGUACUACUGUAAUCAUUUUUUUCUGAUUGCGAUUAAAAUCCGAAAUUUAUAAUCUUUCCGAAAAAAAUUCUUACUGGGGGUAAAACGUCUUUUUCCAAAUUUCAAGCCAAGAAAUCGAUAAACUGGCUUGAAUACUACAUGUUUCUAGCUGGAUCUCUGAAACUUCUUUUUUGGCUCAUUUUCGAAAUUCUAUCAAAAAGUAUCCUUUUCAUGUUUUCGAUGACUUUACUUUUUCACAAUUUUAUUAAAAACUCGCGAAAACAUUGUUUUUUUAAUGUUGCUUCAAAGAAAAGUUCGCUUGAGUUAUCUAAAAAACAAAUGGUCCUGACACGAAAAAAAAGAUAAUAUCGGACUGAUAGAGCGCAGACAGGCCACGCCCCUUUAGUGUCCCAAGCUAGUCGUGAGUCGACUAUAAAUCCCCCAUUUACAGCCGCUUCACGACAGUCUUGGCUCAAACCGCCCGCUGGGUCCUCUCCACGGACUUUAUCGAGAGCUUCAUCUCGAAGAACCAGGAGAGAAAUGCCCACCUCGGAAACAUCAACUACCAAGUCGGCGACGCCGUCAACCUCGCCAUGCCCGACACCAGGUCCGUCGAUCCUUGGAUGAGCACCAAAAAAAGAAGAGUUUCAGUGUGGACCUGGUGUUCACCAACUGGCUCAUGAUGUACUUGUCCGACGCCGAGACCGUCGAGUUCAUCUUCAACUGCAUGAGAUGGCUCCGCCCCCACGGGGUUGUUCAUCUCCGGGAGAGCUGCUCCGAGCCCAGCACUGGUAGGCUAUGAAGGGAAAUGGAGAGUGAUGAUAAGUCAAAAAGAUGAGAUACUGGAUAUGUUUGAAGAGAUCACUUUAGGGUUUUGACGUUUUAGUGGCCACUAUAGUAGUCAAAUUAGUGGCCACUUAAGGGGUUAAAAAGUAGUUGCCUCUUCAGAAAUCUGAUUGGUACUACUAGACCUGUAGAAACUACUAUAGUGGCCACUUAAGUGCCUUGAUUUUAGUGGGCUCUUUAGAAGUACAAGUGGUAUUAUCAGAGCACUGAAAACUACUCUAUUAGCCGCUGAGACGCCAAUAGUUGCUUCUAGAGAGAUGGAUCAAGUGGUCCCUUUAGGGUUUUAACGUUUCUGGCCACUGUAGUAGACGAAUAAGUGGCUACCGUCAUUAAAAUUCAAUCGCCUUUUUAGAAGUCUUAGUGGGACUACUAGACCAGUAGGAACUACUAUAGUGGCCACUUAUGGGACUUGAAUUUAGUGGCCUAUUGAGAAGUCUAAUAAGUGCACUCUAAACUACUCUAUUAGCCACGGGAAGGAAAAUAGGGGCUUCUAUAGACUUGGUUCAAGUGGUCCUUUAGGGUUUUGACGUUUCUGGCCACUAUAGUAGUCGAAUAAGUGGCCACUUAAGCGGCCUCUUUAGAAGUCUAAGUGGUACUAUCACAGCACUGAAAACUAAUCUAUUAGCCACUAACCAAGACGCAAAAUAGCCUCUUCUAUAGAGGUGUUUCAAGUGGUCACUAUAGGGUUUUGACGCUUUAAUGAGUGGCCACUUGAGUUACUCAAACUUAGUGGCCUUUUAAAUGUCUAAGUGGGACUAUCAAAGCACGGAAAACUACUCUAGUAGCCACUGAGAUAAAAAAUUGUGGCUUCUAAAAUAGCGGUUUUAGUGGCCACUUUAGUGUUCUCUCCAUUUAGUCCUUGAAGAACUUUUUAAGUGGCCCCUAGAGAUUUUCACAGUAAGUAGUACAGUAACAGUAGGUGAUGAAGAAAAAGUUUGGGUUGAUAAUUAUGGAACGUCUAAAGAAUAAAAUAAGGGAAAAUUUGUCAAAACAUUUAAAUUAAUUUCGGCUUUCAAAAUUUACGAUAUGAAGUUUACGAUAUGAAGUUUACGAUAUGAAGUUUCAUCUUUGAAUAAAUGGAGCAUUUAUAGAGCUUUUUCCGAGCUUACAAAAUCAAUAAAAUUAAAAAAAGCCAAAAAAACGGUAAUUAAUAAAGAAAAUGUAGUUGCUUUUUCGGCUGGUUUUAUGUUCAUCUGAUUUUUGACGGAAGAAGUCUUCGAAAAAGAGGCUGUGGGACUGGUAGCCCUUGUAAGAAAUGAGAAAAAUCAGUUUGAGAAAAAAAUAUUCUUAGAAAUUAAGGAUAAGGUAAAUCGUUACAAAUGGAACUUGAUAACUCUCCUUCAGGCCGCGCCAAGGCCAAGUCGAUGCAUUCCGGCGACACCAACCCGACUCAUUACCGUUUUUCCUCCCUCUACAUCAAUGUCAGUGUCUGAUAAAGCUUUUGCUUUGAAAUUUAGAAAAAAAGGAGCCAUUUAGAGAAAAGAAAAACGUGAAAGCUCAUCGGAUGACCACAAAAUUCAAAUUAGGCGUCAAAGAGUGAAAAAGAUAACUAAUUUUUGGAGAGUCAUAGAAAAUUUUAAACUUCGCGAAAAUCAGUCUGAACACGGCAAAAAAAUUUCUGAGGAAUUUUCGUUUUUAUCUCUUGAAAAAGGUUGAACCAGUGACCUUGUGGACGCCAGAAAUGAGUCUUACCAACUGAGCCAAGCUUUUCUCCUGAAAAAAGAAGAUUUUUCAGUUGCUCCGAAACAUCCGCUACCGAGACGAGGACAACAAACUCUGGCGCUUCAACGUCCAUUGGAGCUGCUCCGUGCCGACCUACGUCAAGGUGAUCGAAAUAUUAAAAAAUCGAAGCAUAAAAGGCCGAGUUUUAAGCGAUUUUUACUGCCCAAAAAAGCUGUUUUUCUGAACUUCGUUAAAUCGUUUAGAUAUUCUGGGUGCCCAUCUUGUUCUUGCUUUGAAACGGUAAUCGCUUUUUUCGGCUUUUUCAAAUCUAAUCUUCCAUGGUUAGAGAGCACGGUUAACAGGAGUGCGUUCAGAGAAAGAGAAAAGUCUGCCCUUUCAUUUUUCAACGCUCUCUAUCUUUCAAAGAUUCGAAACCGUUUCAAGUUUCUCUAAUGCGACAGUUUCCAUGUUCUUUUUUGAUUUUGAAAGAGUCUACGAUCAGAUUUCCUGAGAUAGAGAGAACUGGGAAGCAGGAGGGCGGUCAGAGAAAGAAAAAAGAAGCACCCUCUCAUUUUUGAACGCUCUCUAACUUUCAAAGAUUCGAACUCGUUUCAAAUACUUUUUUAAAACGACAGUUUCCAUGUUCUUUUUCGUUUUGAAAGAGUCUACGAUCAAAUUUCCCAAGUUAGAGAGCACUGGUAAGCAGGAGGGCAUUCAGAGAAAGAAAAAAGACGCACCCUCUCAUUUUUUAACGCUCUCUAACUCAUCAUCAGAUUUCGAAAGCUAGAGAGCACUGUUAAAAAGGGGGCCAGUUAGAGAAAAAAGGCGCACUCUCUCAUUUUUCGACACUCUCUAACUUUUAAAGAUUCGAAAAUAGACUCGUUUCAAAUAAAUCUCCAAAACUACAGUUUUAAUGCUCUUUUCCGAUUUUCAAAUAUUCUCUCCUCUAUUCUUCCAAAGCCAGAGAGCACUGGUAAACAGGAGGGCGUUCAGAGAAAAAGAAAAGCCUGCUCUCUCAUUUCCAAACGCUCUCUACCUCGAGUAUUCGAAAGCUAGAGAGCACUGUUAAAAGAGAGGGCCAGUUAGAGAAAAUAAGGCCCGCUCUCUCAUUUUUGAACGCUCUCUAACUUUCUCCUAACUCGUUACAAACCGUGUUAGACACACAAAGCCGCACAGAACGGUUACGAAAAGUUGGAAAUGUUCCGAAAAAUUCAAAAAUCUCACGGCUGACCUUCUCCAGCUUCAUUUGAUCAACUCCUGCCUCAUUUCAGCGUCAGAACAACUGGCGUCAGGUUCAUUGGCUGGCCGAAAAAGUCGCCGCCGAGGAAGGCGCCAAGGAAACGACUUUCAACGAUCUUCUUGAACUUUUCGGGUUUUUAUCGAGUUGAAGAAGCUGGGAGUAAAGUUAUGAUCGUUCAGAAAGACGUGGAAGGCCGAGCAGCAAGCCUGGGACAAGAAGUUGGACGAGGAGAAGUACUGCUGGACUGACAAGGUCAGGGAAACAUUUUGCAAUCGGGGAAAUAACCACGAAAUUUCAAGAAAUUUGGGAACUUUUGUAUGAAAUUCGAGAAAUACAAUAGGAAAACGUAAUACUUUAUAAAAUUUUUGAAAAACUGAGCAUUAUUUAGUAGCGAAAUUGAAAAACAAUGUUUUUCGCGAGUUUUUAAGAAAAUUGUGAAAAAGUAAAGUCAUCGAAAAACAUGAAAAGGAUAUUUUUGAUAGAAUUUCGAAAAAUGAGCCAAAAAGAGGUUUUAGAGAUUAAGCUAGAAAAAUCUACUUAGUAUUCAAGCCGGUUUAUCGAUGUUUUUUUAAAAGUUUGAAAAGAAACAUUUAGUGCUUGUUUAAUAUAGAAAAAGGAAAACAACUUGAAAUCAUUGGAAAACGAUUUUUUACACUGCUCGUAAGCCGUUACCGCUUUUUUUAAUAAGGAAAAUAAGCCAAGAAAAAAAGGAACUGAAUUUUUUUUAGGGUCCUUGGGGGCUUCUUGAGUUUGUUACCAUUUUUUUUUUUCGUUUUUCCCAUCAAUUUUUGAGCUUUUGAGCUCUUCCCAUCAAUUUUUAAGCAAUUUUUGAGCCUUUCGAUGAGAAAUUUUGAAGAAACUAUGCUGUGAAAAUGUGAAAGAACAAAUUUCGUAGCCUUUCUAGGUGCGUUUCGAAUUUUUUCGAUGUAUUUUGAAGAUCUGCAAGAUUCCUUUGUACAGAUCUUCUCGACGGUUCUGAACGAGAAGAAAAUCCCGGCCAACAGCACGGUUUACGUCUUCACCCCGCGGGAAGUCUCUCCAUUCGUCCAUGUCAAUUCCCAUCUUCUCGCCGAGGUUCCCGCGGAAAUCUCCAUCCUCUUCCUGAAACUCGGAGUUUCAGAAGUUCUCCUGCAACGUCUGGAACGUCGAAACCGUCGCCGAGUACUACAGAACCUCCCUGACGAAGGCCAACAACUUCAAGGAUCAACGUGUUCGGUGAGGACUCAAAGUUUCGAAACUUCGAAAAAAAAGGAAGAAAAUGUCCUGGAAACAUUGAUUAACAGUUUCAAAUCGAAAAUAUUAUUAAGAAUGGAUAUUUAUCAUUAAUAAGUUAAGAGGACAACAAUUUAGAACUUCUACUGAAAUAAGGAAUCCUUUGAGAGAAAUUUGGUUACUACCAUUUUUUCCUCGAGAUAACACUUUUUGAGUGUCUGCGCCUCUCUGCUCCCUCACCAGCAAUGUUAGAAGAGCGUGAGAAUAGCAAGUAAACAUGAGAGAGUAGACGAGAGACGAGGAGGGCGCAGAGAAUUUUUCACUUCAUUUGGCGUAAAACGAACUAUAUAUUAUGCGGUAACUCUGAAGAUAACUGCCAAGUUCGGCGCGAUAGAAAAGCGAUAUCGGAGGCCGUAUACUGACGAUUUUACGAAAGGACUGCUUUGCAUUUUUACUGGAGCGAUAUCGCAUUUCUCUCGCACUCAAAAAAUCGGUAAAUUGUCAUAAUGCUAUGUCGCGCCGAUAAAAAAAAAUGCAAGACCAGUUCGGCAGUAGUUUAACAUUUUCAUCUAUAUCCCGCCCGUGACAUCGCUUUUCUCUCGUCCUCGGAAAUAAAAAAUUGAAAAUUUCCAAACUGCGAUAUCGCGUCAAGGAAACGCAAGACUUUCGCGAUGUCGCCUGUGUACCAUCAGCGAUAUCUCGUUUCUCUCACACCCAGAAAAAGUUCAGAAAAUUACCAAAAUGCGAUAUCGCGCCGAGAAAAAUGCAAGACUUUUGCGAUGUCGUCUGUGUACCGUCAGCGAUAUCGCUUUUCUCUUGCCCUCAGAAAAAAAUUUGAAAAUUUUCAAAAUGCGAUAUCGCGCCGAAAAAAUUCAAAGACUUUUGCGAUGUCGUCUAUGUAAAGUCAGCGAGAUCGCGUUUCUCUCAUACUCAGCAAAAAUUUUAGAAAAUUCUCAAAAUGCGAUGUCGUCAUUGUACUGUCAGCGAUAUCGCCUUUGGCAGUUAUUAUUAGCGAAAUUUUCAUUUGAUCACUUCAGAUUCGGCUGGAACGCGUCCCUCAGAUCUUCUGUGGCCUAUUGGCAACAGCGUGGCGCCUCCUUCGACACGGUCAUCGCCACGGAACUUCUGGCCAACAGUUCCGCCGAGGAUGACCUCACGGUUUCCAAGGACUUCUUGUUCUUCUUAUCUCAUUCCUUGUUCAAUUCUAGACGAUCCUGAAAACCGACGCCAAUGUCUAUCUACUCGAGGCCGUCGAGACCAUCGACAGGGAAGAUGUUCAGAAGGUCUUUUGAAGGAAUUUGAUAGAAAAUAAGGGAAAUAUUCAGAAAUUGACGGCUCGGGGACUGAAGCUGGUGAGCCUGGAGGAUGUUACUGAGAACGCCAUUUUCGCCCAGGAAACCUACUUCAAAGAUCACGACUUGGUAAUUUUGGGGAAAGAUGAAAAAAAUCAUUGGUCAAUUUAAAAAAUGGGCUCUAAGCGGUGAAAUUUGAAAACUUCAAGGUCUCUUAUUUUCGGAAUGAACUUCAAAAAUUCAAUCUCUUUUGAAAAAAUAAGGCUCUCAAAGUUUUCCCAUUUUCAGUGUAGAAAACUUACUACACUAAUGCGACUCAAAGCUGUCUGACUUCUCUGCGCUCUCUAAUUUUUCGAGGCUCUCUCGUUUCGGCCUGGUUAGAGAGAGAGAGCGCAGAGAAAGCUAGACGGUCUCGGAGAAUUUACUUUAUCAUUUUUCUUUUUAUUCAGUGCAGAAAAUAAACUAUACUUAAUUCGAUGCGACUCAAAAACUGUCUGACUUGUCUGCGCUCUCUCAUUCUCGCGGCUCUCUCGUCUCGGCCUGGCUAGAGAGAAGAGAGCGCAGAGAAGCUAGACGGUCUCGGAGAAUUUACUUUAUCAUUUUCUUUUAAUUCAGUGCAGAAAAUAAACUAUACUAAAUUCAAUGCGACUCAAAGCUGUCUGACUUCUCUGCGCUCUCUAAUUUUCGAGGCUCUCUCGUUUCGGCCUGGUUAGAGAGAAGAGAGCCCAGAGAAGCUAGACGGUCGAGUCUCGGCUAAUUUAGUCUGUCCUUUUUCUGGAUUCUUGGGCCGUUGAAGGCCCCCUUUAGGGACUACUUCAGCUUCCCCUAUAGGGGCCACUAAAGCUUGGAAAAGUGGCCUCUAUAGGGGACAUGCUAGGAACUCUAGGAGAAGAAACUUCCAUGCGAAAAAAGUCAAUGAAUUAUCGUUUUUAAAUGAUAAAAAAACUCUAUAGGGGUUGUUCUUUCCCCUGACCACUGUAGGGGCCACUCUGGCGCUCUAAAUUUUUUUUCACAUUUAUUGUCUCAAUUUUUCAGGUCGAAGAAGUUAUUCGCAAACAUUGGGUCCUCAUCGAAGCUUCACUGUAAAAAUUUAAAUUUUUCUCCAAAAUUAUUUUUUUCAUAUCAUUUUUUGUAUCCAUUUUCAUGUGUCUUUUCGUUGGCUUUGAAAUAUUUUCCACUCACUUUCUUUUUGUACCAUUUUCCGUCCUAACCAUAUAGUAUAUAUACAUUUCGACGACGUUGUAUUGCACUUUGCUGGGUCCUCUCGAUGAGAUUUUCCAUAGAGCACGAUUUCUUCUUUUUCUUCUGAUUUGAAUAAAUUUUGAAAAAAAGUUUUUUUGAGAUACUUUUUUUGCAAUUUGUUUGAGGUUCCGGAUGAAUUACUUGUGAAAAAUUUUCAAGGUCUUGUGAAGAGAGAAUUAUUCGGCCAUUUUUUUCGGUCAACUCACCUCUAAUGCAAGGCCAACCCAUGAUUGCUUAUGAUAAGCUGUAAUUUACAGUUUUUGGAAAAUCAAAUAAAGUAUUUUUUUCAAGAAAAAUCCUGACUAGAAAUCAGUAAAAAUGACCUUCCCUACAGUCCGAAAUAAUUAAAUUUAUUAUUAUUUUUCAAAUUUUUGCCGAUUGAUCUUUCCAGGAAAGCUUCUAGAUUUGAGCAACUGUUUCCAUCCAUUCAUCUCACUAUCUUUACAUUCACAAAAAAAUAUGAGAAUGAUGAAUUUAUGAGUCGGCAAAAAUGAUAUCCGCCAAAAGGAUUCGAGCCUUGGUCGCAAUAUCGUCAAAAAAAUAUUGGCGCGAAAUUUGAAAUCUCAAGUACGCAGCCAAAUGUAUUCUUCGUGCCGUUGAAUACUCAGUUUAACUUGCAACGAUAGGUAGCUGUGAAGUCACAGUCCUUUAAUCCGAAGCGCGCACUUACUUUUUUUUGUAAAUUCAGAAACUUUGAGGCCUCGCUCACCUGUCCUCACCCCAUUAGGAAUGCCGUGAUCUUUAGGAGGUCACCUUUUCUUGUCAUUUGGUGAUUUUAAAGGUACAAGAAUCUGUCAAAAUCAAGAUUUUUGAAAGUUAAAAAUUUUAAAGAAAGGUCGUUUUUUAGAGGCGCCCAGGAAGAGGCAUCACUAUAACGAGUUCUGAAACUUCCCCGCUGUUCAAAACAGUAAGCAAUCAAACAAAAGAAGUAAUUUUCUUUUUUUCCUGCGUCAUUUGGGAAGUUUUGCUCGGAUGGCGGAAUUUGUUGAGGAGGCGGCUGGGCAAACACUGCCGUUGGAGCACCGUCACAACGGAUCCCGCCGAUUUUCGACUUUUACUCAGGUAACUUUUCCUUUCUCAAAGCCAUUUUGAUAGAAAUAGUUUGCAUUCGUUCCGUUAUAGUUAAUCAUGAGCUGAAAUCCAGAAAAAAAAAAAAAAAUGAAAAAUCCUAUUUUGAGUGCGGAGCUUGAGCUACGAUUCGACAUUAAAAAUCUGAACUAACCUGUGCGAGCUGGCUUGACAUGUUUUCAUUUAGAGGAAGAGUCAAAUUUAUGUUUUUUUUUUCAACUGCAUCAAUGCUGUCCCAAAAAUCGGUUUGUGGGACUUUAGAAUGAUCCGAUUGACUGACCUAAGAAAAAAAUUUAGAAUUUUUGGGAUAUAGGUCAUUCCGCGCCAGCUUGUCACGGUUUCCAGCUUCUUCGGAGCUACAGUAGCCUUUUCGGCGCUUCGCUUCGAUGCUCUCGGUGUGCCCCUCUGCGUGCGCCUUUAA